GUGGCAAAGAACAACAUCAAGCGAGCGCAGGAUGUGGUGGGAGGCUCAUUGUGACUGAGCUUCAGUUGGAAGAUGAUGAAGACCGGCAUCGUGUUUUAUUUUCUGGCUCUUUGGCUCUUGGAGGUCAAUGCAGAUGUGAUCUUCGUGGAGCUGGUAGAAAAGCAAUCUGUGGAGCUCUCGUGCCCCCUUCAGCAGGAAUGCGGCAAACUGACCACUCUCCACCUGUACCACCGCCGAGGCUCCGCUCAGCGCACCCUUCUGUCCCUGGGUCCAGGGGUCAAAGUGGACCCCGGCUACAAGAGCCGUCUGAACCUUUCGGGCGGGUGCAACUCGUCAGCGCUCAAGGUGAACCUGUCGCACUUAAAGCAAAGCGACUCGGGAAUGUACGUGUGUGAAAACCCAGACGAUGGCCUGUCUGCCACUCAGCUCUUCUUGCUGGUUAAGGCCUCAGAGAGUUGCUGCUCUUCCCUCUGCCCCCCUCUGCUCAUGGCCAUCUUUUCCGCGACGGUCCUCAUUUUCAUCUUGCUUUUGUGCUUUGCUCUGAGAGAUUGUGUGAAGGCCGAUCGUCCUCCUCCCACCGGGCCGGCUGCUGUUCCUAUUUAUGAGGAAAUGAGCAGGAAGGAGGAAAACUCUGGAGUCCCCCCGAACAACGCCCUGGAGGAGGAGCUCACCUCUCCAUUGCACGCGAACACCCUUUUGAGACAGUCGGAGGAGAACUACUAUGCCUGUCCCAGACACAUCAAGCUCAAAGCCUGAAUGGAAAAAGAACAAAUGUUUUUGAAACAGCCGAGAAAAAUCGCAAUUUUAUUCAUAUCUGAAAGAAGCUCCAUAGUUCAUGAAAACAUUUGUUUUUCGGUGCAUGUCGUUUGAACAAUCACAUUCUAUGAGAAGAAGAUAUACACAGAGAAAAAUCCAAAUAAAACAUUACAAGCCACUGACUUUGAAAAUCAAUAAAUCUCAGUACAGACAUUUCUUUUCUCUUAAUACCCCCCCCCCCACGGAAAAAGCAGCCUAAUUCCAAACACCCACUGAUCCCCCCCCCCCUUGAAGAAAAAAAAAAUCCUCAUAAAAACCUUGAGGGUGACAGGCUGGAAUCCCACAGUGCUAAAGAGUGAGACGCUCAUUGGUUUAUAGGAAUACACAGCAUGGCGAUGUGACUGACGCUAGGUGGAUCGGAACCAGGGGACAAACAUAUUCAAAUGAACAAUACGCAUACUGGACCCCCCCCCCCCCAAAGACCCCUGCAAUAAAUCAACCACGCCAGUGUAGGCCAUCCUCCGACCCUUGUGCAUAGUUUCGUGUUCCUUUACAACCAGCUCCUCGUUUUCACAAACAUCCUUUGCCGUGCGAACAAAUGUUCUGCAAAAACUCAUCGUUUCAUGAGACACACAAAGAAUAAAAAAAAAAAAAAAAAAGGUAAGAGAAUAAUGCACAACGCUCCUGAUUCAGUCAGGAUGGGACCUCAAGAAACAAAAAAAACACUAAACAGCAUUUUGCAUCUUAUUCACUGUCUUUUUUUUCUGUUUUGAAAUGUAAAGCAAUUUUAAUAUACAGAUUUUUAUAUAGAUAUAUAAAGCACUCCAUAGUCAUUUAAAGUCCAUUAUUUGGUUAUUACGUAACUGCUACGGAUUUCGAAACGACUGGUAUUUGCUCCUCCUUCUCCAAAUCCAGAACUUUCAGUGCUUAGAUGGUUCGUAAUAAUAUUUGUCAUCAAAAUGUACAUUAAAAUGAUGUGGUACUCUGGAACCCUGGCCUUCCUGAGACGAGAUCCACUUUUUCAGCUGUGCAAGAUAGUGAGCAAUUGUCAUUUUUUUUUUGUUGUCUUUUUUCCAUUGUUGUUUUGUUUUGUAUAAAGUCAAAAAUAUAGAGAAUCAACCAAAAAAACAACAUACAGGCUUUUCAGAUAGUCCAACAGAUACACAACACUGUUCGAUCCCAGAGUUCUUAAAGUAACACGAGAAAUCGCCAUUCUCGGUUGCACUUUGAAAAAUGGAAGCAUUUGUCCUCUUUUUUUGUUGUUGUCAUUUUUAUCCUUUUUUUUAAUUUUUUUUAAUUUUUUUAAACACCGUUCCCUCCCCCUGACAUUCCCAUCGUUUAAUUCUUUUGGAAGUCCAGAAGGAAACAAAAGUGUUUUGUAAACUGUCAGUGGCCCGGUGUUUACAAUGAAAUGAAAUGUGAGAAAGAGAGAGAAAAAAUCAAA